GUUGGUAAUGAUAUGUUUACGGCUUACAUUGAAUAAAAUAGUGAUUUGUUUGCGGCAUUUUUGUGAGCUGAGAAAAGAAAUAAAUGGGCGUGUAGAAAAGAAAUUUCUAAUUGCUAUAUUGUUUUAAAAUGGAAACGAGUACCGAGCAAACUCCCGCAACUACGGAAACCGCUUCUAAUAAUGAGCAGGAACACAAUGAAGAGGGCAUGGAAGAAACUGAAGAUUACAGUUUCGAUGGUGAAGAUUAUAGGCAUUUCGUACCACGGGGUCGAGGAGGAUUUAGGGGUCGUGGCAGAGGUGGGUUUGAUUUUCCCAUGAGAGGUGGACCUCCGAGAUUUAGAGGAAGAGGAUUUGGACCUAGAGGACCGAUGUUUCGUGGAGCAAAUAAUGGAUUUCCGUUUGAGGGACCUCCUAGGCCAAAUUGUCCACCGGGUCCAGCGGGACCACGUUUCCGAGGGCCUCCGCCGUUCGAUCCUAGUUGGGGACCUAUGGGGCCACCAAAUCUGAUGGGACCGCCAAAUCUUAUGGGACCUCCAGGAAUGCCACCACCACACAUGAUGAAUGGCCCAAUUGGGACAGGUCCUGGACCUUAUGGACCACCUCCUGGAAUGGGACCACCCAAUAUGAAUAACAUUCCAGGUCAACAGCAGUCCCCGCAACAACAGGCACAACAAGCAAACAUUCCAGGCUUAGAUCUCAAUGGAGAGGUAUGGGUAGAAACAAAAACACCAGAUGGCAAAUCAUAUUAUUAUAACAUUCGUACAAGGGAAACUACAUGGACUAAACCAGAGGGACCAAAUGUUAAGGUCAUGGUGCAAGAUCAGUUAGAACAACUGGUGCAUGGAGCAUCUAAACAAACAGCCCCAACUGGCACUCCUGCUUCUACGGCUACUACUCCUAAUCAAAUUAAUGAAAAUAGGGUGUCUCAAAGUAGCGAACAAUCUUCGACAAAUAAUGCAGAUGCUAUCAGUCAACUUAGUACUGCUCCACCUGGUACAGGGCCACCUCCUACACUUGGCGAAACACCAGAUAUGAAUGCACAACCAACUGACACAACACAAGCAAACGGUACAGCACUUACAACUGUAACCAAUACCCCAACUAUGAAUACCCCAGCAGUAAAUACAAAUAUGAUGCAACCUCCUCCUAAUAUGAUACCUAUGCAACACAGGAUGCCAAAUCAAUUUGGUGGUCCAAUUGCAACACAAUUUGGAGCAGCACCUUUUGGUAUGCCACCGCCAGGAUUCCAGCCUUUUGGAGGUUAUGGUCCACCACAAGCAAAUUGGGGUAUGCCACAAAUGUCACAUGGAGUCAUGGCUCCACAAGCUCCAGCAGAAGAUCCUGCUAUAUUAGCUCAGCUGGAUCAGGAACUAGUAGCAUCUGCUAUGGUAUGGACAGAACAUCGUGCUCCGGAUGGAAGAUUAUAUUAUUAUAAUAGUAAAGCUGGAGAAUCUGUUUGGGAAAAGCCACAAGCGCUGAAGGAUCUCGAAAAUGCAAAAUUAGCGCUACGGCAAAAAGCAGAGGAAGCAGCUGCCAUUUCUACAAAUACCGCCGUGACUACUUCCACUGUUACUAAUAACAAUGUAACCACAGAAGCCACAAAACAAGAAAAACCUCAAGAAAGUAAUCACGAAACCAAAGAUAGUGUAAAGGAAACAGACGCUAAUAAACCGAAAAAAGAGGAAACAGCACCUAAAGAAGCUGCUAAACCUCAAGACAAAUCUAGACCAAUCUCUAGUACGCCAGUACCUGGAACUCCUUGGUGUGUUGUUUGGACGGGCGAUGGGCGCGUAUUCUUUUAUAAUCCCUCAUCGCGUAUUUCUGUCUGGGAAAGACCAGAUGAUCUCAUUGGUCGUCAAGAUGUCGAUAAAAUGGUGUCUACUCCGCCAGAUGCAGUGGUAGCUACGAAAUCGACGCGUCAAUCGGAUACAAGUGAAAGCAGUGACGAUGAACAACCAAUACCAGCAAAAAGGAUGAAACAGGAUGAUACAAAAAGUAAAUUAUACUACGCUCAUAACCAUGUAUUAUAUUUAAAAAAUGUACGUAUUAAUAAAAUUACCAUAUUUCCUGUUUUAGCCACGGCGCCAAAAGAAGAGGAGGAGAAAGAGAAUAAAAAAACUAUCGAUAUCGGAAAGGAGGCUGCAAUAGAGGCAGAAGUGCGAGCUGCUAGAGAAAGGGCAAUUGUUCCGUUGGAGACAAGAAUUAAAUCGUUUAGGGAUAUGCUUGCAGAGAAAGAUGUAUCCGCGUUUAGUACUUGGGAAAAGGAGCUUCACAAAAUUGUAUUUGACCCCCGAUACUUACUUCUAACAUCAAAGGAGAGAAAACAAGUUUUCGAGAAGUACGUAAAGGAGAGGGCGGAAGAAGAGAGGCGGGAAAAGAGAAACAAAAUGAAGGAACGGAAAGAACAAUUUCAAAAAUUACUAGAAGAAGCUGGCCUUCAUGGGAAAUCUUCAUUUAGUGAUUUUGCUCAAAAACAUGGGCGUGAUGAACGGUUUAAGAAUGUAGAAAAGAUGCGUGAACGGGAGAGCCUAUUCAACGAAUAUCUGCUGGAAGUGCGAAAGAAGGAAAAAGAGGAAAAAACAGCAAAACGAGAACAGGUGAAAAAGGAAUUCAUAGCGAUGCUACGUGAACACAAAGACAUCGACAGACAUUCGCAUUGGAGCGAUUGUAAGAAAAAGUUGGAAUCAGAUUGGAGGUACAGAGUCGUAGAGUCAGCAAGCACGAGGGAAGAUUGGUUUAGGGAUUACAUUCGUAUGCUAAAGGAGGAGAGGAAAAAGGAAAAGGAGAAAGACAAAGACCACCGGCACAGGGAUAAAGAUCAUCACAAGUCCGAGAAGAAAGAUAGGGACCGAAAGGAUGUUGAUAAGUACAAGGAUAAAUCGUCAAAGGAUCGGGUUGAUAAGGACAGUUCGAAGGAUAAAAAACGCAGGAGCGAUCCAGCUUCGGAGGAAAACGGCAAGGAAAAAAAGGAAGCGGUGGCAGAGAAGGAAAGCGGAGAGAUCGAAGAUAACGAUGAAAAACCAUCGAAAAAGGAGAAUGAUAAGGAGAACACGGAAGACCAAUCUGAUUCGGAAGAAGACCGUGAGAAACAGAAACGAGAACGUGAAAGAAGAGCAGAAGCCAGUCUUCGUGAGAGAGAAAGAGAAGUUCAGAGAACUCUUGCUACGCAUCUUCGUGAUAGAGAUAAGGAAAGGCAGCACCAUCGUCAUACAGAGGCAGUACAGCAUUUCAGUGCACUUCUUGCCGACUUGGUAAGGAACGGUGACUUAGCAUGGCGGGAAGCGAAACGACAAUUGAGAAAAGAUCAUAGAUGGGAAUUAGCUGAAAGUUUAGAUCGCGAGGAAAAAGAAAGACUGUUUAAUGAACACAUAGAACAGCUUAGUCGUAAGAAACGUGAUAAGUUCCGAGAACUUCUUGACGAAGUAGGAGCUUCUACCGAACUUACCGCUUCAUGGAGGGAUAUAAAAAAAUCAUUAAAAGACGAUCCCAGAUAUCUUAAAUUUUCAUCUAGCGAUCGGAAAUGUGAAAAAGAGUUCAAAGAGUACAUUAAGGAUAAACUUGUCGCGGCCAAAGCUGAUUUUAGGGAACUUCUCCAAGAAACAAAACUUAUUACUGAUAAAACAUAUAAAAAAGUACAAGAAAAUGCUGCACAUUUAGUCGAAAUUGAAGAAAUUUUAAGAAAAGAUCGAAGAUUUCUCGUAUUGGAAGCGGCCGCUGCUGAACGAACGCGGUUGUUAAUGGGAUAUUUAGAAGAAUUGGCACGUAGAGGUCCGCCUCCACCACCUACUGCCUCAGAACCUUCAAGAAGACCAACCACAAACUAAGGCAGCCCGCAUCAAAGCAUGGUAUAUAUAUGGUGUCCAAAUAACAAAUCAGUGAUUGAAUUUAUAGCUGUAGUUGAAUUGAAGUACUUUACACACAAGAUGAUUAUCGCCUGUAAUUAUAGGAAUCAAUAAAACUAACGCCAAUUCCACACAGCUAAAAAUGUGUGUCAUACUGUAAAGAUGCCAUAGUGUAAGCAUAUCAUAUCAUUAUUUGUUGGAUUACGUUAAAGUAGACGGUAGUUAAUGAAAGAAUUAGUAAUAUUACAUAAUAAUAUCAUAAAGUGCGAAUUUUAUACAUAUUUUAUCUAGGUUUGUUAGAUAAGCACCCCAUUACGAAUAUUUUGUAUGAAAAUUACAUGAGAAUUAUAAUAACCAGUGUUUAUUGCAUUCACGACUAAUUUAAAAUCAUGCGCAGUGAAUUUCUAUAAACCGAUGUUAAAAUAUAAUAGCUUAAAAAAACGUUGAUCAUUAUAUCUAAAACAAAACAAAAAAAAUAUGUAACAUACGACAAUCAUACAUAAUAAUUUUUUGACGGAAUAUAAUUCGAAAAUCAUAUUUUCAAUGUUCGAAUUAUUUUCCUUAUACAGCUCUAUUGGAUCAUGUGAAACGUAAGUAUCUUACAAAAUAUUCUCGAUAUUUAAAAACAUUUAUUUUAAAGAAAUCAUAAUGUAUCUUAUAAAUACAAAAAAUUUUAGAUGUUAUUUACGAUCAUAAUUAUUUACCAUUUAUUCAUGUGGCAUUUUUACGGUACGGAAUUCCUAAUCUCGUGAAAAAGAUAUUAGGAAAAUAUAUUUUCUUCGAUAAACCAUUGAUAAAAAUUGCGAUAAGAAGCAUUUACAUCUCCCAACGAUCUAUCGAAUUAUUUACGUUUUAUUUCUAAUAUUUUGUAAUAUUUCAUUACAGACUUGUAUACACAGAUAAAAAAAGAACAAUAAUAAUUGAAGAUCAAAAAGCCACUAUAA